AUGACUAGAGCAAAGAGGAAAAGCACAACUACCAAAACAAAAGAAAAAACCGUGACUCUGUCAAUCGCAGAGCUGCGGCAACAGCAAAGAAGAGAGAAGAAAAUCAGGAAAAGAUUGAGAAAAGAGCAAGAGAAGAUUGUUGCACAAAAAUCACCUGUUUGUAAGGAAACAUCUGCAAAUGUGGAGAAUGUGGAGAAAAAGAGAAUAUUACCAAAAGAACAUUGGGAAAACACUUAUAUCGAUGGUCGAGUCUAUAUUCCAACACUUGAUGACUUCAGCGAUGAAGCUUGCAAGAAAGGUUCAAUGCUAGACGAGGCCUCCUACCUUCAUGCUGAAGAUCUUGCCAGUCUCCUGUGUGGCAGCCGUAUUUUCCUUAUGAUUAGAGACUCAUCUAUCGGGAUGGAAAUGUUGAACUUCUGUAUUGCACUGAAGGAGAGACACAAUCGCCUACAUCUGAGAGCGGUAGCUAGUGAACCUCUUGUGUGCCAGCAUUGCGCUCGUCUGCUUUUGUAUGAAGAUUGCUCCGAAGAAUUUCUCACAAUCACUGGCAUAAGUCUCUUCUUCGAAUAUACUCUGCGAUUUAUCGUGCAGGACUCAUUUUGGUACAAAGGACAGAGGAAAGAAAUCUCAUUCCAUCUUGCCCGUCGACUUGUUGGACUUCAACCCGGAGUGGCGCUUAUUAAUGACUCGUUUUAUAGUAAGCCGCACUGUUCGUUGCGAUUAAAUCCGUUAUCCGUAAAGGAAGCUACGAAAUUACCGGAAUAUGAAGUAAAGAAACUUUUGGAAUGUCUUUUUGCAAAUGCUAUGCGAUUUUUCGUGCUGUACUGCAUGCACGCCGUUAGAGAUCAAACAGUUCUGAGGUUUUCAGACGAUGGAAGCGCUUUCUUUCGUUUGAAGGAUCCGCUCGCUACAUCCGCAUUCGAUAAGGAAGUACAUGCUCUCGGCCCCAAGUUUCAUCUAUGCGUGUCUGAUGAGAGGAUGAAAAGUUGUAUGCCAUUGAGUGAUCUCUAUACAUCAACAUUUGACGAUUGGCAAUCUGGAAACGACUGCUCAUCGCUAGUUUACCAAAUUGCACAUCUUCCUGUAGCGGAAAUUACUAGACUGAUACUUGGAGAAAAGCUAUUUUUCGAGCUUGCUUCCGAGUUCCCUAUCUUUGUAGCCCAACUGAAUGAAUAUGCUAGAUCUUUGAAACAUUUUCAGUCAAGAGAGCGACACAGGCAAUGCAAAUAUGCAGUGACAAAAACAGAAAUAGAAGUGCUUCGCACAUCCGUAGUAAAGGUUUACGUGGAGAGAGUGUUGUUAGCUGCAUCUGACUGGUUUGCGUUUGAAAAGAAAGUUAGCCUACUUAAUUAUAUUGCAAAGUCUUUGCGCACAUGGGUCAGACACGAGAGAUUAUUCAAAGAAGCUAUGUAUGACAUGCCUUAUGAAGAAUAUCACUCGCUGCGAGUUUUUUCGGAGAAACAUGGAGCUCUUCAUCCACUUUCAGAAGAACUUCUCAAAGAGAUCUCGACAAGAUUUGAUCACUUUUUCCUUAUCUAUGCGAUUCAUGCUCUCAGAGAACAUACUGACGCUUUCGUAGAUGAGAAGGGUAUUGUGAAAUUUCGAUUUAAGGAACAAGAUUCUAACGCUUAUAGAACGGAUAUCUUAAUACCUGACGAAGAACUUCAGCACGAGUCUGUAUCCCCUAAUGAUUGGUCUCAUCAGCAUUCAAAACAUAGUGUCGAAAAUCUGGGUAAUUCGAUUUGGGUACCAUCUCAAGCCGAUGAAGCCAAUGUUCUUCCUUCAUUCAAGCUUGAAUCGGCGAAAUCACUGGAGAUUGUGGAAGCAGAAAACGAUAAUGAUGAAGAAUGGGAGAUGAAGCUGUUCGAAAGGGUAAGGCAGGAUCCGACUGUGCCGGCACAUUUCAAAACAACUUUUGGAAUUCUCGUGGCCAAUAACCGCAACUUAAGGGAAGAGAAAGCUUUUUUGCAAUCUCGACUAGGAUUGGGUUAGCACAGAGUUGUCAUUGUAGUUUUGUGCAAGUGUUUGAAUGCCAAUUGCCAUAUUGUUGAUUUUUGUUGUCACUAAGAAUUAUGCUCAUAUUUCCAACUCAUCCUCAUUGAAUCUUAUAUAUAAAGCUGAAUGUCU